CGAAAUUGCCUUUUGUCAAAGCUUAAUCCGACGGUUCUGCUUCCCUUUUUUUCCGCCAUCCGAAGCUGCAAAGAGAAUUCGCUUUUCGUUACACCAAGCAUGAGGCUUAGAUCUGAUACCGGCUUGGCCCACAUUCUCCAGUAUCUAUAUAUGCAUGCCAACACAUAAGGGUUGUACAAGAGGGAGAGGGUGAAGGAGAAGGAGAGGGAGGGAGAAGAGAAGCACAAUUAACCCGUUUGCUUUCUCAUCACUCGUCCCUUGGGCUGCAACCUUACCAUAAUCGUAUCAUCUUCGAUUUGAGGCCACCCAAUGGCUUCUGCAAUUCUAUUCAAUUGUGGGCUUUAUACUUGUUUACCCAAUGGAGGGCAUUCUCAUUCAAGGACCUUCAAUCACAAGCCCCUGCUAUCUUCCAUUCAUUCUUCUUCUUCCUUCUCUUUGUUGCGCUCUGCGGAUCACAAGCGCCCUUUCCUCAAACGAAAGGGGUUUCCCCACCGUCAUCCGCUCAUCACAAUACAUAAUGUGGCGGCGCCUCUGAGACCAACUUUGGUACCUGAGAGUGAGGAGGAGAAAAAUGGGGAAGACAGUUUUGAGCCCAGUGCACCACCACCGUUUAACUUGGCAGAGGUUAGAGCAGCCAUUCCCAAGCAUUGCUGGGUGAAGAACACUUGGAAAUCAAUGAGCUAUGUGUUGAGGGAUGUGGCGAUUGUUUUCAGUUUGGCAGCAGGAGCUGCAUAUUUCAACAAUUGGGUGACCUGGCCUAUUUAUUGGAUUGCCCAGGGAACAAUGUUUUGGGCACUUUUUGUGCUUGGCCACGAUUGUGGCCAUGGAAGCUUUUCUAACAAUCAUAAACUCAAUAGUCUGAUCGGGCAUUUGACUCAUUCUUCUAUUUUGGUACCUUAUCAUGGCUGGAGAAUCAGUCAUAGGACUCAUCAUCAGAAUCAUGGUCAUGCGGAGAAUGACGAAUCAUGGCAUCCUAUGUCCGAGAAGAUUUACAACACUUUGGAUGAAACAACAAAGAAGAUGCGGUUUACCAUUCCAUUUCCUCUCUUUGCAUAUCCUUUCUACCUGUGGGGGAGAAGUCCUGGGAAGAAAGGUUCCCAUUUUCAGCCUGAUAGUGAUCUUUUUGUUCCAACGGAGAAGAAGGAUGUUAUUACAUCAACGGUGUGCUGGACUGCAAUGGUGGCCUUACUUGCAGGACUAACAGUUUUUAUGGGUCCUGCGUUGGUGCUGAAGCUCUAUUUUAUUCCCUAUUGGAUUUUUGUAAUGUGGUUGGAUCUGGUGACAUAUCUGCAUCACCAUGGUUAUGAUGAGAAACUUCCAUGGUACAGAGGCAAGGAAUGGAACUAUCUUAGGGGAGGGCUAACCACCAUUGAUCGAGAUUAUGGUUGGAUUAACAACAUCCAUCAUGAUAUUGGAACGCAUGUUGUACAUCACUUGUUUCCUCAAAUACCUCACUACCACCUGGUGGAAGCGACUGAAGCGAUCAAGUCUGUGCUUGGGAGAUACUAUCGCGAGCCUAAGAAAUCUGGUCCUUUUCCAUUUCACUUGCUGAAGCCCCUGCUGAAGAGUAUGGCAGAGGAUCAUUAUGUUAGCAAUGAGGGAGAUGUUGUCUUCUACCAAACGGAUCCCAAACUCAGAAAAUCUGAAACAUGAUGUUGGUGCAUGCAUGAAGAUGGCAGAGUAUUGUUUAUUUAUGACAUCCAACCCCAGCUAUAUACUGACUAGUGCCCCAAGUUUUGGGUGAUUAUUAUUGUACACUUCAACAAUUUAAACGGUUGCUGGCAUGAAGGACGGCCUGAUUGGUGUCUGGUGCAUUUCACAAAGAAUAUGGAGAAGUCAAUAUAUUACUAUAUAUUGGCUUGCAGAUUUUUUUUAUAAAAAUUCAUUUUUUAUUGGCACAUUUUAAUGUCCAAAUGCUUGGAAGUUCUCAAUGAUAUCAAAAUUUGAAUGUAUUUUUCAUAUUGAAAAGUGCAUGUAAUACUAUAUAUUAUCAAUGGCUUUACAACAACAGAUCCAAUAUUGUAUUGGAACGAAGUAAGUGUCCAUGAUUCUUGAAAGUCUUUAAGGAUUUUAAAAUUUGAAGAUAUCCUUCAUGUGCUUUACAUUA